AUGUCGAGCAGGAGAUCUCGUUUGACGUCGAGUAGGAUCACCGUCGACGAACGGAUUGACGAUCUCGUGUCCAAACUGCACUCUGUUCUCCCUGGUCAGGGAAGGAUUCGCAGCCGUGGCAGAGUUUCGACCUUGAAGGCAUUGCAAGAGAUCUGCAGCUACAUCAGAAGCUUGCAGCUGGAGAUGGAUGACUUGAGCGAGAGGUUGUCGGAGUUGUUCGACACAAGUGAUAUAAACACUGCUCAAGCCGCCAUUAUUAGGAGCUUAAUUAAUUGUAUGAAUAGCUAAAUGAGCUAUAUAUCUAUCGAUGGAGCAA